AUGUAUAAACUUUUAUUUUUAUUCCAAAUUUUUCCGUUUUGCUGGUCCAUCAAUUCUACAUCCAAAUAUCAAAUGAUUCUUGUACGUGGUAAUUUGGGAUCUACAAACAAUUGCACCUCUUAUUCUGAAACAAAUUUUAAUUUUAUCAAUUGCACAGUGAUGUGCGCAAGGUCAGAAUUAUGUUCGGUAACGCAAUUCCAAAAUGACACAUGUUUUCUUUGUGGAAUACCGGCUCGAAGUUCCUUGGAAAUAAGCAAUGAUAAAUCAUUUAUUGGUGUUCCCGUGAGCCUAAUAACAACUAUUCUCCCAAAAUCCUGUCCUCCUGGCAACUGGAAAAUGUUCUUAAGAGGUUCCGAUUACUGGUGUCUUGGGGUGAUAACGUCCUUUGCGCCUACAAGAAAAAAUUAUACAGCAGCAGUGAAUUUAUGUUCCAGCCAAAACAUUAAAAUUGCCGGGCUCAAUAGUGUCGAGGAGCAAGUUUUCGUUAGAGAUUUCGGAAAUGUAAUCCGGGCUAGUCAGCUACUUCCGGAACUACGAGUUUGGGUAGAUGGAAUGAGGAAACCUAAAUGUGUUUCAAGUGACUGGCAAUUUGUUCCGGGUUGUGACUAUUCUAAUGCAUUCGAUUUCACAGAUACUUCUCUGGUUAGUAGAGAUGGAUACACAUGGAUGGAUGGUGAACCAAAUGGAAUGCUGGAUAAUAAUGUUAUUCAAAGUUGCAUUCACAUGAUAGCGACAACUGAAAUCGAUAUAAUUGAGCUCAAAGAUGUAAUUCGAGAAAAUACGGUGAUUCAGACGACACAAAUGAUUGUGAUUCGUGCUAACUUGAGCUCGUUCGAUAACUGUACUGAGUACUCUUCUGCCACCGAAUUGAGUUUCAAGGAAUGCACAAUUCAAUGUGCCAAAUCUGUAGAUUGCAGGGUAAAUCAGGUUCAAAAUAACACUUGUAUUUUAUGCGGUGAUAAAGGACGAUGGUCAUUGAGGGACUACAUCAGUGUUUCGCUAACAGGAAUUAAGGUUGCUGGCGUAAAGGAUUUUGAAAAUACGUGCCUCAGUGUCAGAGAAGACCUACAAGACAACAUGACCUCGGAUCCAUUAAAUAUGCAAACUACAACACCACGUCCGAAAGUUUGUCCGGAUCAAUGGAGAAUGUUCCAGAGAGGGUCUAUCCAAUGGUGUCUCUCUGUCGUCAUUGGACAAAACUAUUCCUUUUUCAAUUAUACUGCUGCAGUUGAUACAUGUCUUAAACUAAAUAGCACAUUAUCUGGACCAAAUGGAGUUGAGGAACGAGAUUUUGUUAGGGAUAUGUCAAGCCAGGUUAUUAAGAAUAGUAAAAUGGCAAGAGUCUGGAUUGAUGGAACACGGAAAGCAGAGUGUAGUGGUAGCAAUUGGAAGCAAAUCCCAGAGUGUUCGGGAACCAAUGUCUCUAUCAUCCUAAACCUGCGUUCCAAUUCACUGAUCUCACACUUCAAAACUUCACAGGAUACACUUGGAACCGUGGAGAACCAAAUGGAGAUCCAGUGCCUCCUGGAAAUUAUAUUCAAAAUUGCAUUCAUAUGCUCAUUACCCCCCAGAACCGUCUUUACGUCUUCUUGUUUCAUAAACCUAUCUCUACACCUCGUUUCCUGUAUAGUUAACCGACCCUCUUUGGCGGUAAAUAAACAACAAACGGGACCGUAUCGCUGGCAGACAAAAACCGUCUUCAGAUAUGUUUCUCAUAACAUACCGAACUCCUUUGUCGGUACGGUAAACAAGAGAGACCGCGUUGUGCCUGAAAUGGCCCCGCCUACCGGUUAG